CCCAAAGUGCUAGGUUAACAGGUGUGAGCCACUGUGCCUGGCCUCUUCUAAUUUCCAUUUCCUUUUCUCAUUUCUCCAGUUUCCGUUUCUAAAAACUGAAUAUCACCAAAUGAGGAAACGGAGGCAAAGGAAGUGUGAAUUUUAUUCUGUAGUUGUCAACUUUUGGCUUAAUGGUUUGGUAAUAUAGUUCUGUGGAACAUUUCUCUGCUUUUACGGUGGUGGGAUAGUAGGAUUCACUGUAUAGCUAACCUUAAAAUACUAAUUCCAUAAAAUAAAGGGAAUACAUAAUAAGAAUCUAACAAUAGAGUAAAUAAGCACUAAGGUGGUAUUCUCAUACUAGGGAAAAUUUUUGAUUUAUUACAUCAUCAAACAAUGUGUUCUACAAGUUUUAUUAUUUUAACUAUAUAGGUGGUCUUGCAUCUAAAAAAGAAUGUCACUUAAAAGUCUUGUAGUACGGCAUAAAAGUUCUAUUAGACAUGGAACUAUGUUUCUGCCAAUAACUCGACAUUUUGAGUACAGUUAGCAUCUUACUUGGAAUUUGAGAUUGGAUACAAAAAUAUCCUAGGUCUGAGAAAAGACAUAGUAAAUUGCACCAACACAAACCUUUUAUGUAUUUGUAGUGGAGGAAAAGUCUACGUUGAGUUUGCAUGGGAAAAAUAUCAUAAAAACUCUUUAUGCUUUUAACCAGUAUAUUGGACCUCAUUUUGUGAUGAUUACUUUGUAUGACUAAUUUCCAAUGCAGAUUCCAAGAAUGUUUCUGCACAUUAGUUCCUUAUGUUUUUUCUGUUAUUUUCACCUUUGGUUAGUUGGAAUCUACCCCCAAUCACUAUGUCUUGUUCCAGAAGUGUUUCAUUAGUUUUUCUUAUCUUAAUUUUAUUUUCGUGUUUUCUUUAAUGUUUUUCUACUAACCUAAAAAUUUCUCCUAGUGCUUUAAAAAAUUAUGAGACAGUAAAGUUGUCUUCAGAUGUUUUUUAUUUUUACCCAAAGACUAUUUGAGUUGGCUUGCAAGACGUGCAUAAAUUUCUUUUCAUGGGGAAGAGUCACUUUGAGCAUUAACACUUCUGGGAAUUGUUUCAAAAUGUAGUUUAUUGUCUUAAUGUUAAUAAGAGUUCCGGAAGUCUGGUAGGGUUUUGUUUUGUUUUGUUUUGUUUUUUGUCCUGUAUCCCCAAAGACUAUAUUUAAUUUUGUUUUAAUUGGGUUCUGUAACACUUGAAUUGGUUUGACCCUGGAUCCUUCAUAAAACUAUUAAUUACUUUUAGUAGUCUCUUGAGUUUAUCCAGUAUUUUAGAAUACAGUUAUGCUGAUAAAUUUGGGAAGUAUUCUCUUUUUUUUCCUUCCCUUUUCUUUCAUCAUCUGACUGAUCCGUAUUCUUUAGGAAAAAUAUUUUAAAAUAUUAAUGCUAUUAAUUAUUACGUGUAUUUUAUCAACUAGAAAAAUUUAAUGUUAAGACUAUAAUCCGGCAUUAGAUAAAACUUCAUGGUGACAGCAAUUAAAUUGUAUAAUUUAACUUUUGGUAAGCUGUGGAAGUGUGUAUAGACUGUUUUUAUAGUUAUCGCUGAAAUGUAACUAAAGUUCAAAGGUGUCUAACUGGCCAUUAGGAUAUAUACGAUUGGUCAUAUAUUUAACUAGCCUGAUACGUGGUCAUUGAAGCUGACUAAUAAUUUAAUAUACAGUAUUUCAUGUGUUUUUGUGUGUAUGUAUGAACUGAUACACUGAUAUUAUUUUUUAGAGAGUAAAAAAUAAUAAAUUCCUGAAUGGUCAAUGAAAUACUUCAGUGAAUGUUACUAUUCAUUAUUGAUUUUCUGAAUAUGAUUGGUUGAAACACUGAUCUGAGCUUCUGAUAUGCUCUUGAUAUCCAUUAUAAUUGUUUUUUUGUUGACAGGUUCAUAUAAUAUAAUUUUAAGUGUUAAACUAAGACAUAAUCAGGAUGAUAUGUACUAAAAAUCACGUAACCUAUGUAAAUGUAAGUAAAAAUAAUUAUCCAUCCAUAACUACAUGACUGCUUUGUGGAGUAAUUAAGAGAAUAGAUUUUGGAGUCAGGCUCCUGGAUUUGAAUCCUGGCUCUACCACUUAGCUGUGGGACUUGGGUAAGUAACUGAAUCUGUGACUCAGUUUCUUCAUCUGUAAAAUGGGGAUAAUAUUGAUAACUGUAUCAUAAGGUGGUUAUGAUGAGUAAACAAACUGUAAAGUGCUUAGGACAGUUGUUGGCACACACGGUGAGUACCAUACAAGUGUCAGUUAAAUAUGAUUUAAAAUUACAGUUUAUAGAACAAUUCAUAUUUUUUCCUUGGUCAUUUACCAGAAUCACAAGAGCCUCUGUGUUGUAGCCUUAUUGUUACUACCCUCACUGCCAUCAUCACUACCAUCACCUCUACUACUUGUACUACUAUUAGUACUAGUACUGCUUCCUCCUCCUCCUCCACUUCCUCUUCUUUUUCUUUUUCAUCAUCAGAGACUCUGCUUAGUUAAAGUACUUUCCUGGAUAUACACCUUUGGAGGCUGAACCUGACAAGUUGAGAUGCUAAGUGAAGAUCACUCAACUCUACGUAAAGUGGCAGAGCUGGGAUUAAGACCCUGGUCAUCUGCUCCAUAAAUGACCAUUAAGAAGUAGAUGCCCAGAUGCAAAAGUGAUGAAACAGUCCAUUUGUCAUAAAGUAAGAUGCAGCUGUGUCGUGUCAACCACCUUGGAACAAAAUUGUAUCUGUUUUUCUCAGAAGAGAAUUCCACAAGGUUAAGUCAGCAAACAAAGAAGACAUGGUAUUUUGAAGUAUGAUUAAACUCCUGAUGCUGCAGCAGAGGCUAAGAAUAUUAAUGGCCAGAUCUAGUACACACAUGGUCUUCUGAAGAAGCCAUGGGUAGCUGUUGUAGCUGUCCAGAUAAAGACACUGUCCCAGAUAACCAUCGGAACAAGUUUAAGGUCAUUAAUGUGGAUGAUGAUGGGAAUGAGUUAGGUUCUGGCAUAAUGGAACUUACAGACACAGAGCUGAUUUUAUACACCCGCAAACGUGACUCAGUAAAAUGGCACUACCUCUGCCUGCGACGCUAUGGCUAUGACUCGAAUCUCUUUUCUUUUGAAAGUGGUCGAAGGUGUCAAACUGGACAAGGAAUCUUUGCCUUUAAGUGUGCCCGUGCAGAAGAAUUAUUUAACAUGUUGCAAGAGAUUAUGCAAAAUAAUAGUAUAAAUGUGGUGGAAGAGCCAGUUGUAGAAAGAAAUAAUCAUCAGACAGAAUUGGAAGUCCCUAGAACACCUCGAACACCUACAACUCCAGGAUUUGCUGCUCAGAACUUACCUAAUGGAUAUCCCCGAUAUCCCUCAUUUGGAGAUGCUUCAUCCCAUCCUUCAAGCAGACAUCCUUCUGUGGGAAGUGCUCGCCUGCCUUCAGUAGGGGAAGAAUCUACACAUCCUUUGCUUGUGGCUGAGGAACAAGUCCAUACCUAUGUCAACACUACAGGUGUGCAAGAAGAGCAGAAAAACCGCAUAAGUGUGCAUGUUCCAUUGGAGGCAAGGGUUUCUAACGCUGAAAGCAACACACCAAAAGAAGAACCAAGUAGUAUUGAAGACAGGGAUCCUCAGAUUCUUCUUGAAUCUGAAGGGGUCAAAUUUGUUUUAGGGCCAACCCCUGUUCAAAAGCAAUUAAUGGAAAAAGAGAAACUGGAGCAACUUGGAAGAGAUCAAGUUAGUGGAAGUGGAGCAAAUAACACAGAAUGGGACACUGGCUAUGACAGUGAUGAACGAAGAGAUGCACCCUCUGUUAACAAACUGGUGUAUGAAAAUAUAAAUGGGCUAUCUAUCCCUAGUGCCUCAGGGGUCAGGAGAGGUCGUCUGACAUCCACCAGUACCUCAGAUACCCAGAAUAUCAACAACUCAGCUCAGAGAAGAACUGCAUUAUUAAACUAUGAAAAUCUACCAUCAUUGCCUCCUGUUUGGGAAGCCCGCAAGCUAAGUAGGGAUGAAGAUGACAAUUUAGGACCAAAGACCCCAUCUCUAAAUGGCUACCAUAAUAAUCUAGAUCCAAUGCAUAACUAUGUAAAUACAGAGAAUGUAACAGUGCCGGCAAGUGCUCACAAAAUAGAAUAUUCAAGGCGUCGGGACUGUACACCAACAGUCUUUAACUUUGAUAUCAGACGCCCAAGUUUAGAACACAGGCAGCUUAAUUACAUACAGGUUGACUUGGAAGGUGGCAGUGACUCUGACAACCCUCAAACUCCGAAAACGCCUACAACUCCCCUUCCACAAACCCCUACCAGGCGCACAGAGCUGUAUGCCGUGAUAGACAUCGAGAGAACUGCUGCUAUGUCAAAUUUGCAGAAAGCACUGCCACGAGAUGAUGGUACAUCUAGGAAAACUAGACACAAUAGUACUGAUCUGCCCAUGUGAGCCUGGAAAGCAUUAUGUUGUUUGCACCUUUGUGAAGUUUUUAAAAAUGAAGAUGCAAGUGCUUCAUUUUCAUUUCUAAACACUAACUCCUUUUAUAGACUGAUAAAAUUUUUUCUGAAUAUUUCAUGUGCAUCUUUAACUAAAGGGAAUUAAUGUAGAGCAGGUACUCCUUAAAGAACACUAAUUUCAUUAUAUACUACUCAUUGUACAGCAGCAUUCCUGUUUUCACAGUGCCUAUUUAAAAUGAGAGUUGAAGUGAAUGACAUGCUGGUUGAUUUUUAUCAAUAUUAUGGACUUAUGCAUAUCUUUCAUGUCUAAGUCAUGCUUGGCUUUUAAAACUUUUUAUAAAGCCUCCUGACAAUGUGCAUUGCUAACAGAUAACUAUAGGCUUUGAGAGUAAUGCUCAUAGAUUCACUCUUCACAGUAUGUGGCCUCCAGCAUGUAACAUGAGGAAUUCUUUAUUUCAUUAAUUAAAGGCUUUUUGACUUGAGCCAAAACAUAUGUAAAGGAAACAGAAGUACCACACCUCCUCUAGUACCAGUCAGCUCCUUUGCCUUCAUUGUUACUAGAAAGAAGCCUGUGUCCAUGAAUAUGUUUUGCUGUUGGUGCAUUGAAAGGCAGGAAGGAGACAAGAUUUUCUAUUUACUCAUCUCAUGAUGUCAUUUGAAGGGCAUGUCCAGAUAUCUUACUCAGAAUUAUAAUAGGCUCAAGAAUUAGUCUCAGGUCACUUUACCCAAAAACAUUUGAAAAUCUGAACCAUGAUCUCUUGAAAGUUUCUCUCCUAUAGAUUAUUGACAACAUAUUGUUUUCUGGAGGCAUUUGUGCCAUUAGGUUUUCAUUUAUCUUCGAUUUUUUCUUUGGUGUUCGGGAUAUCUUAUUUUUGUUGCCGUAUGUCCUUUUCAAUUUAAAAUGUUUGAGUUUGUAUAUAGUUUUGAAAUUGGACUAUGUGUUCAUUGUUGUUUAGUUUGCAUUUUUGUCAAAGUACGGUUUUGAAGGCUCAUUUGGAACUUACUGUUAUUCUAUAACAGGGUUGCCCUUGUCCAGUAUUUAUUUAUAUGCUGUUUACUUUUCAAGUUGAUAAAAACAGUUUCUCAAUUCUAAAUUUCCUGUGUCCAUAGGUGAUCUAUUUAGCAACUGAGAAAAAAAAGGAAGAUGCUUUUAACAUGCAAAGUUCCCUCCAGGCGUACUGUGUUUUCUCCGUGGGCGCUCUCCCAGCACUUUAGCAGUAACUCCCCAGCUGCACGCUGCAGUCAUACUCUGCCUACUCUAGCGUUCCUCAGCUCUGCUGUCCUUUUCCUUGUAGCUGGAUCUUUGAUUAUCCUUUGAUUUCCAUGAAAUGUUAAUAUUGUUGCCAGCAUAGCAGGUACAGUGGAAGUCUUGUAGCAAUGAGAUUGUGUCACAAUUUAGGAUUUAAAAUGAGUUAAAGUUUAUAUAAACUAAAGAGUCUCCAUAUGUCAAACUCUUGGAAAAUCAAAGAUGUUCCAAUGUCCUAAACACUAGAGAAUACGAGAGAAGGUAGAGUGGGAAAAGGUUAGAUAACCUUGCAAAAUAUUUUACUAUUUUCUCUAAAUAUGAGGAAGUUUGAGAUUAUGAUCUGGAUCUACCAGAUGUAACAAAGGUUAAUUUAGCAUGAAAAAGUUUUAGUCAUAUUAGCAUCCAUCCUAUUCAGUAAAUAAACAAAUCAUAGGACAGUGAUGGAUUAGCAGAACAAUAGAGUGGGAUCAUUAUAAAGAAAAUAAAUUAUUAAAGGUGUCUUUAUCGUUUUUAGUGCCAUAUUUAGUGUCUUUUUUGUAAAUCAGUAUCAGUGUCUUUUAUCAUUCUAUGUGCAUAGCAGGAUUUUCUUUUCCCCCUUUUGUUGCCCCAUGAACUUGGUGCUUAUUACAGUGUUCACUGUUCUCUUAAAAGAGAGCAGUGGUAUAGGUGUGCAGUUUCCCUGAUGCAGGUUCCAUUUUUAAUAUAUUGUUCCACUUAUUCUUUCUUCUAAGUAAAUUACUAAUUGUGCCAAAUUUAUGUAAUAGUUUUUGUAAUGUGGGAUAAGAAUUACAAUGGAACCAAUGCACAUAGUUUUUUCUGAAACAAGCAGUCAAGGCAGAACAUUAAUCUCCAAAUGAAAGGGCUGAUCUAUUUAUUCAUUUUGGAGGUUGGAUACUUUAUUCUUUCUUUCCGUCAUCCUUUUCAUUGUUUCCUUCAGAUUCUAAUUAGUUUUUCUUUUUUUAAGAUAACUCCAAUAUAAUCAUUGCUGUUAAUGCUUUAAAUACUAUGUGCUUUAAAAAUGAAAAUGGGACCAAUUUGUCUGCUAAGAAUUUGAUUUUAGGUACUAUAAGAGUAUUAGAAAGUUAUAUACGACUGGUGUUAAUUUCUAGUUGUCUUCUAGAAAUCACUUGUGUUCCUAUUUAAUAAAAGGUAAUUUAGAAUACUACUUGUCCUUUGCAGUAGUUUAGUAGUGGGCAUUAAGCUGUGUCCUGGAAGGAUGUACCUAUUAGUAGGUGCAUUUUAGAAUGAGAUAUUAAUAUUUUAUUAGCAUAUAAUUGUGGCCAUAUGUCUCUGAUUUUCUGAGGCAGAUCUAAUUUUAGAUAUUCUGUUAGUAGACCAUGUGAUCCUUCUUUUUGGUUUUGGAAAUAUAAUCACUGUUAAUGUUUUCCCUCCAAAUAGAAUACUGUUUUAUCCAUAUAAAUCAUAACAGCAUCUAUCCCAUGCCAGGGUUGGAAACUGAUAUUGGUAUUACCUGUGUUUUUUCUUUGUGUGUUUUAUUUCCCAGUUUCAUCUUCUUUUAAAAAUGAAAAUAUGGUGCCUUCCCUCCCUCCAGGAAGAUUGGCAAAUAGUUCCUUUUAUUUACUGCUGCUGUGGAGUGAUGAGAUAUGCACUUUACUCUUGAAGAUUCAGCAAAAAGCUUUUCACUUCCCAGUAUAUCCAGAAUACAUCACAUCUGGGACUUAGGAAAAUUUGCCAAGCAAUCCUUGUUUUUAUAGAUAUUAAUGUUGAUCCCCCCCAUUCAAUGUUAUAAGAACAAGUCAAGCUAGUGUUUGUUUAUCUCCUCUCCCUCCCCAAAACUGUGGCACAGCAUAUAAAAAUGUACCUCAAUAAUGUUCUAUUAAAAAUGGGACAGGGGCCUUAUGUUUUCAUAAUUUCCCAACAAUGUGCCACCAUAUUUUUGCCUCAAGGUAAAGGUUUUAACAGACUAAAAAGUACUUCCCAAUUCCCUGUGCUAUUUCUAACCUAUGAUGCCCAAGUGUUUUGUGCAAUGUGUAGUGUGUGUGUAUAAAUACAUAUAUUCUUGAAAUAGACAUACCAUCAGAGACAUCAUUCACAAGUAACUGAUGUAUUGGUAUCUCAUUCAUAUUUCUGAUGUGUGAGGUAUAUGGUACUAAUUACCUUUUCCUUGAUGUUUGCCAAAUUUGAAUAAAGACAUUGGUACGAAAUUACAGAAUGUAAAGAAAAUGUUUUUGGCUUGAAAAAUUAACAAAUAUUUUAUGACAUACCACAAUAUACUCUGCCCAAACCAGCACCCUAUCUAUCUUUCCUGUUCUUUACAUCCCUGUUCCCCAUCCCUACUUCCUCAUUUUUUGGGGGUAUAACAGUUCUUUUGUAGCAUCCUUAUAAUUGCAAUUCUAUGGCAAUUGGACAAUUAUAGCAUGGAAACAGACUGGUAUUAAUAGUACAGUAGUCACCAGUGUGCCACAUUUGCAUUAGUAAUGCAAAAUAUACAUUUUAUAAGGAACAAACUUUGUGUUAUGUUUUAUUUUCAUUACAUUGUAUAAUAUUGUAAGAUUAUUGUAUGUCCUAAUUUGCAUUAUAAAUGUUUUUUUCCUACGUAAAGGCAUAAAUAUAGCAACUUUGUAUAAAGGUAGCUUAUUAGAUUUUUAAUUUUUUCUUUUAUAAAAAAUGGUCUAACAGUGGGACUACCAUUGCCAAAUUGUACAUGAAAUAUGAAUUUUACCCCCAUGGUUAACUUCUUUUAUAAACAUUCCAUAUUUCUCUAAUAAAAGAUAUAAGUGAUACUAUACUAUGCAUAAAUUGUAUCUUAAUGCUGUUUCAGAUCAGCAUUUUAAAUUUUGGUUUGCAUUUUUACUAUUGGCAAAACGUAACCACUGUUAAUUAAAAUAAAACCUUGUAUAUGUAACAACAUAAUUUGCCCUCUAUCCCUUCCCACCCUUUGUUCUCUAUUUCUCCCUAUCAGUGCCAACUUCAUACAUUUUGUAGCAUGGCAAUAAAAUGUAACUUUUACACUGAGGCCGAGUGUGGCUUUUUGGAGGAAGUGGGGAUGGGAUGAUUGCUCUCUAGUUGUCCUUUGCAUAUGACUCUCUUUGCUGUAUAAGCCGUGUCAUCAGGCACGAAAAGUUCUCUCAUACACGAUGUAAACAUGCUUUUAAGGACAAGUGUGAAUGUGCUUUUAAACUUAAUUUUUGUCAUGACAACUAAUUUUUUUUUAUCUUUGGAGAAGUCAGAGUUCUUGAAGUACAAUCAAACUUUUAUUAACUGGAGUACUUAUAAUAAGCUAGUAAUUGAAUUUAGUUCAACAAGGGCUAAGCAACACAUUUUUAAAAUCCUUAUUUAUUAUAGAGUAUUAGUAUACUUUACUGUCCUACAAAUUAUGUAAAAUAUGGUUUAAUCUUAGAUGACUUAGGAUUUUGCAAUGCCUUACUGUUGUCAUUUUGGCAUAAAUAUCCAUGAUGAGGUACUCAAGUUGAUACUGGAAGCUGAGCUGACCAUACACUAACCUGAAGCAUUCAUGAAAAACUGCUUUGUUGAAUAAAGUCUGAUUGGAGUUCUUUUCAUGCUCACUUUCCCCUUAUUGCUGAAAGUAGAUUGCAAUAAAAACCCCAAUAAAAAGUUUGGUUGGA